CUUUCACAUAUCGACUGGUGAUACUGAUACCAUAAGUGUACUUACUACUUAACAUAUCAUACCUAUAAUGCAUAUCACAUGCCAUAUUGAACUGUCCAUCCCCCCAUCCCCCCAUCCCCCAUCCUUUAUUAAAAAUAGCAUCUCAUCCAGCCUCUACAAAAUUAGUUGAUAUAGCAUAGCAUCUCUUCUCAGUUCUCAGUUGUUGAAAUAGUGUUUGUUGCAUCUCGAAUCCGCUCAAACUAUUGGUUCCCCGCGGCCCUGCAUACAUACCUACACAUAUGUACAAGGCCACAGCGAAUCAUAGUCAAUUCCUGUGUACGUCUAGUUAGGAUCGCAAUAGCUCUUCGUAGCCUAUUUCUUAGCGCAGAAACUAUUAGCUAUCCUCCAUUUGUUUCCUCUCCAUCGCAAUUACUAGCGAUCUUUCUCUAAUAAAGAUACCCUCCCCCCACUACGAUAACUACCUACCUACCUACCUACCUACCCAGCAUGGCAGCAAGGCGGUCAAAGGCGUCUGCCGAUGAUGGAUUGAAUGAGCUCUUCGAAGGAAUCGACGAGAGCGUAGUUAAGAAGCCUGCUAGUAAAUCUAAGCCGGCUCCCUCUAAGACUCGAGGCGAGAAGCUCAAGAAGGACAUACCUGGUCUUGCUGAGCUGGAGGACGAGCUUGGCGAAGAACCCGUCCGACCCCAUACUCCUCGCGUCAAAGAGACAUCUGCCAAGGCACCUGUUAAACGAACUAGCACAGCAACACCUCCGCCUGGUGCCCCUCGACAAUCCGAAGACAAGCCAGCCAACGUCGCACGCAAGUCCGUCGAUAGCACUCGCUCCCUCCACGCAAGCUUUACCCCCAGUGCCACCAGCUCUGAUCUCCAGGAUGCCGAGAAGAAGGGGCCGGUCGAGGAGACAGCACAAGCUGCUGGCGGUGGUUGGUGGGGUGGAUUGUUUGCUACGGCCAGUGCUACAGCAAAUGCAGCUAUGAAGCAAGCCGAAGCUGCAUACAAGGAGAUCCAGCAGAAUGAGGAAGCUAAGAAAUGGGCCGAUCAGGUUAAAGGAAACGUUGGAGCUCUGAGAGGUCUAGGCGACGGUAUCCGCCAGCACGCUUUGCCUACCUUUGCCAACAUCUUACACACUCUUGCCCCGCCCAUCUCCUCUCACGAGCGUCUACUUAUCCACAUCACCCACGAUAUCGUCGGCUAUCCAUCGCUUGACCCUCUCAUCCACGAGGUCUUCAGCCGGGUCAUGUCGCAAGUUGAGGGCGGCGACCUCCUCGUCAUCCAACGCGGCCAUGAGAAUACCGCUCGACGAUCCUCGGACGCCUUUUACAAGAGUUCUUCCAACUCUGCCGGCUGGCGCGACGGACCCUGGUGGAGGCAAGUCGAUUCGCCUCGCGACCUAGGUACUGUGAAAGGUAUAAUCGAGGGGACCAAGCUCUGCCGCGUUAGUGCUGAAAGUUAUUCCCAUGACUACUUCGCGGCUAGCGGUGGUGUUAAUGAGGCGCAAAAACGUGCCCUAGAACCCGUGAGCGAGGAAAAUCCCGUGCGAACUAGUGACAUCUUCCUCGCCGUCCAGCCCAUCAUCGUAGAUGCAGACCCCGCCCUCUUCGCCGGUAGCACAGCUGGCGAGGCAGAGAAGGAACCCAGCGCCGUAGCCGACGACAGCAGUACAGACCCUCAUAUUUGCUUCGCCGUCUACGUCCUCGACCCAAUCCACGAUAUUGUGUACAGCACCGUGAGCCAGUACAUCCCAGCCAAAUGGAUCCGCUGGUUGGAUGCGCCGGCACCCUUGACGCCUGCCAGCGGCGAGAGCGAGCACCUGGGUCCGGAAGGCGUAAACGUCCCCGACGAGAUCCGGGAGAUCGUGGAGAGCGGCGGCGUAGACCCGCGCGAGUGGGUUGCUGAGUGGGUCGAGGAGACGCUGAGCUUGAGUAUCGGAGUUGUAGCCCAGCGGUAUGUGGCUCGUCGGAUGGGUGUUGGUGAGGGAGGGCUUGGAAAGGGGAAACAGAAGGUUGAGGAGUUGCUUCAGGGGGGCGGGGGUGAGGCGGCUAGGGCGGGGCUUAUUUGAUGAUGGGAUGGGAAAGUCUUGGCUUACGGGAAGGGAAAGGGGAUGGGACCGGGGGGCAAGAGAGGAGGUAUGUUAGUAGGUAGGUAAUCAGCUGCCUGCUUUGCGGUCUAUUGUCUAGUGCUGCUUUCUAUGGAGUUAGCCGGGUCGAAUCUAGUACUCGAUUUCUUAUCGAAUUUGGAAUUAUGCUGGCUGUCGAUUUAUUUACUAUAUAUGAAGGGAUGUAGUAAUAUAUCAUGAUAUCAAUUUUUGGGGUUGUCUCGGGUGUCUUGUGUACCUACCUACCCUCCCUAUAUAUGGUUAUAUCUGUCUAGUAUUGCGAAUUGAAUGGAUAGAUUAAAUUAGUAUUUACCCAACCUAGGUAUCACAUAGUAUAGUCCUAUAGACAAAAGGUUCUAGUCGAACUGUACCUAUAUAUAGCCUACAUGUAUAGGCAG